AUGGACACCAAUCCAUUGUUUCUCCAAAUGAACUGUUUGACAUACCAAACUUUUACUCCCAUGGAAAUGAAUGAAGAAGAAGAAUGGAAACAUGUGUGGAAUGAUUUCAUGAAUGAGAACAAAGCAGAAGAAGAGGACAAUGUAUCAACAUGUGGUUUUCCAUUCAUUCCAACACACCAUGGUGCUCCACUCUCAAGAAGUGGUGUAACAACAACAAACCCUCUCGUCAUGGUGGAUACACCACAUGAAACAUGUGAAUCGUUGUGCACAUUUUCAGCAAAACCUCGUCAUCAUGUUGGUCAACCGUGUGAGUCGAAUGCAUCCACAAAUUCUUUACCAACUUGGAAUUCUCAUAUAACCCUCCUCAUGGAAGAAACACAUGCUCCAACUUCGACAUGUUCCAAAUCCAACUCGAAUGCCAACUCCACCCUUGCAAGCGCCUCGACCUCGAAUCGUCGUCGUCCCUAUAUUCGAAAAUCUCGAGAUUGUAAAUGUCAUAAUUGUGGUACUUCCAAAACACCCAUGUGGAGAAAAAAUCAAGAAGGAAAACCACUAUGUAACAAGUGUGGACUCUAUUUAUUGAGAUAUGAUACAAAUCGACCCAUGGUUGAGAAAUUAAAAUUUGGACGAAGAGGACAUAAACGAAAAUUGGAUUCGAAUGAAGUGAUAGAACAACAACUACAACCACGAGCACAGAAGCAGCAAUUUGUAACUACUCUUGAUGAGACAGCAACGAGAUUGAGUGAUUCUUGUAAGGCAUGGUUGGAAAUUUCCAACAACCACGAGGAGAUUUCACAACCUUGUGUUGACAAGCCUCGAAAAGCUAAAAAGAAGAAACACGACGAUGAACAUGUGAAAGAGACAAAUCAAGGACAAGUUGGAAUUGGUAAUUCUGAGUCCAUGCAACCAGUGUCUUCUCAAGACGAAGAAGAAGGAUGGAACUCACUCGCUUCAUUGAAUCAUCGUUUGCGACAAGCAUCAGAAAGAUUUCCUGAGAUUAUUCACACGUUGAUUUCAAUUAUUAGAAAACAUGUAUUAACUCAACCUCAGGUGGUGUCACAAAUAAUUUCAUCGAGAAUGGAAUUCCCAACACAGGAACAGUUCACUCAUCAACAAGAAAUAGAGGGAGAGGUUUGCGAAUUGGAGAGGGAUAGUUUCGGGAUUUUUUGA